AUGCUGAUGCGCCGAUCGUUCCGCCAAGCGAGCCCUCGACCCUCUGCCCUCCUUUCCAGCGUCGCCGCCGGAAGGGAAGGCUCUGCCCGGCUCGCGCUGGCCGCCACCUCGAGCCAGCAGCUGUGGAGCACCCGCGCGCUGGCCACCAUGCCCAUCUCCGCCACCCUACGGGAGGCGCAAAAGAAGCUGGACGGGAACGGGCUGGCGGGCAUCGAGCGGCUGACGGCCGAGGAGGCCUACGAGGUCCUCCAGUCGCGCUUCGCCGAGUAUGGCACCAUUCGCGCGGGCUUCGUCACCCACCUCUUCCGCAAGGCCCAGACCCCGGCCCACCUCGACCGCGCCCUGGAGGCCUUCUACUUUGCGCAGUCGCAGCUGGUCGAGCCCAACGAGCACAUGAUCUGGGAGAUCAUCCACGCGUGCCGGCGCGCCGGCGAGCCGCGACGCGCGCUCGAGCUCUUUGUCAACUCGGCCAAGUACCGCGUGUGGCCCCUCGCGCGCCAGUUCAACCGGCUCAUGGCCGACUUCAUGGCCGCCGGCGACCACGAGGGCGCCGUGCUCACCUACGGCGCGCUGCGCAAGCGCCAGGUGGUGCCCAACGCCCAGACGUUCGGUCUGCUGGUGCGCGCCCAUGCGGCGCAGGGCAACGCCGACCAGGCCCUGGCCGCGGCCGAUGAGGCCAAGCGCGCGCUCCAGACCGAGACCCUCCCCGGCCCCGUGGCCGAUGCCCUCAUGGGCGUCCACUGGAAGGCGCAAAACUUUGAGGGGCUGCGGUCGCUCGUGGAGCAGACGAGCGACACUACGCGGUCGUUGGACGGCGCCCUGUAUGCCUCGCUCGCCCACCUGCAGGCCAACAACGUGUCUGCCGCCGCCGACCUCGUACGGCAAGCUGUCACCGCCACACCCGCCACUACGGAGCAGUUCGAGAAGUGGGCCAACACGCUAGCCGAGGAGGCCACGUCGGCCAACCUAGCCCAGCCGGCGGCCGGCCUGCUGCGCGCGCUGACCGGCGUCGCGCCCGCCGACGCCGCGCUCGAGGAGCUUGCCGCCCAACUCGACGCCGAAGCGGCCUCGGCCGCCGCCGCCGCCGCCGCGCCGGAAACCACCGAGCAAGCCGCCGACAGCGAACCUGCCGCUGCCGAGGCCGAUGGUGCCGAGAAGAAGGAGGAGGCCCAGGCUUGA